AUGGCCGAUCCGGCGUCCCUGCAAAAGCACGGGGGGGGCGGUCCCGGCGGGGCGGGGGGACCGGCGGCCACCGCGGGGGGCGGGGCGCGGCGGCGGCGGCGGCGGCGCCGGUGGGGCCGGGGCAGCCCCGAGGCCGCGGGUCCCCCCGUGGCCAGGACGGAGCCGGAGGAGAUGGAAGCACCGGGAUGCACCGGCUCAGAAUGGCUGGUGGUCCCCAAGGCGGAGGUGCCCCCCGAGGAUGACAGGGAUGAUCCAGGGGAGCCAGAGCUGCACGACUCAGGGCCGUGGCUGGUGCGGAAGGUGAAGGUGGAGGAGGAGGACGAUGAGGCCGAGGCCUGGGCGGCCGCAGCCGGAACCGGGGCCCCGCUGGCGCCGCCGCCCCUGCCGGGCGCCUUCCCCCCCGAGCCCGCCGGGCCCCCGGGGAUGGCCGGCGCCUGCAAGGCGGAGGAGCCGUGCCCCGAGGAGCUGGGCUACGGGGUGCUGCCGGCCUGGGGGCCGGGGCCGCACCUGGACAGCGUUGGGAUCGCCUUCGGGAUGGGCACCGGCACGGGCACGGGCGCGGGGAUGAGCCCCGGCCCCGGUGGGCGCCGCUCGCAGCCCGGCCCGCGGCCCUUCUGCUGCCCGCAGUGCGGGAAGGCCUUCGGCAAGAAGGCGCACCUGACGCGGCACCUGCGGGUGCACACGGGCGAGCGGCCCUUCCCGUGCCCGCACUGCGGCCGCCGCUUCCGCCAGCGCAUCCACCUGCGCUCGCACCUGCGCACGCACACCGGCGAGCGGCCCUACCCCUGCCCGCGCUGCGCCCGCCGCUUCCGCAAGAAAACGCACCUGGACCGGCACCUGCGCACGCACACCGGGGAGCGGCCGCACCCCUGCCCGCGCUGCGCCCGCCGCUUCGCCCACCGCCAGCACCUGCUGCGCCACCUGCGCCUGCACGGGGACCCCGCCCCGGGCCACGGGCACGGGCACGGGGAUGGGCACGGCCCUGCCGAGGAGAAGCCGCCGCCCUGCCCCGGGUGUGAGAUCAGCCUCGCCUGGAAGCAGAGCCCCGCGCCGCACCUGGGGCUGCACACGGGAGCGGUGCCGGGAGCUGGGAACGGACACCUGGAUGAGCACGGGGACGGGGACGGCCCUGCCGAGGAGAAUCUGCUCAUUUGCCCCCAGUGUGGCACGGGCAUCCCCUGGAAGCAGAGCUCGUCAUCGCACCUGUGGCAGCACCUGGAGAGCCAAGCCCUUGGCUGUGCCCAGGACCCCCAGCACCCCCUGCAGCCCCCACAGGAGCCCGGGGCCCAGGACCCCCAGCACCCCGCACCGGUGCCCACGGCCGAGCCCCCCUUCGUGCAGGACCCCCAGCUCCUGCCACAGGUGCCCGGUGCCAACGGCGGCCGCGGCUGUGCCCAGGACCCCCCGCCCGUCCUGCAGCCCCCGCAGGCACCCGGUGCUCAGGACCACCAGCACCAGCCUCAGGUUCCUGGUGCCUACGACCGCCAGCACCAGCCGCAGGUGCCCGGUGCCAAAAGCAGCCAGGGCCACGCCCAGGACCCCCAGGACGCCCCGCAGGUGCCCCCCGCCCAGCGCCCCUUCACGUGCCCCCAGUGCGGGCGCGGCUUCGGGCGCAAGGCGCACCUGGCGCGGCACCUGCUGGUGCACUCGGGCACGCGGCCCCACGCCUGCGCCCGCUGCGGCCGCCGCUUCAGCUCCAAGACCAACCUGGGCCGGCACCAGGCCGUGCACACGGGGCUGCGGCCGCACCACUGCGCCCGCUGCGGCCGCGGCUUCACCCGCAAAACACACCUGGAGCGCCACGAGCGCACCCACGGCACGGGCACGGGCACGGGGACGGGCAUGGGGACGGGCACGGGGACGGGCACGGGGAUGGCGACGGAGGCGGGCACCACCGGUGCGGGGAUGGCCACGGCCACCACUGUCACUGGCACCGGUGUCACUGGGUCCCAGCUGGGCUGGCCAGAGCCCCCCACCCUUGCCAAUAAAGCCCCGUUUUUAUGGAAAUCUCCGCGAUCUCGGGCCCCGCACACGGGCCGGGGGCAGCGUGGGGCGGGAGAAGGGGGCGUGGCCCCGAAGGAGGCGUGGCCAAACAAGGGGCGAGGCGGGGGUGUGGCCUCGUGGUGGGUGGGAUCUCGUCCCUAUGGGCACCCCAAGGCCGCCCCGGUGGUCCCCGGUGCCACCCCAGCCCCGCUGUCCCCCCAGGACCUCCCCGCAGGGAUGGAGGGGCGCGGGGAGGAGGCACCAGAGGAGCCGGAGGUGUCGGAGCCCUCAGAGGAGGAGGAGGAAGAGGAGGAGGAGGACGAAGGCUCCGGGGUACGGGUGACGCCGGCGCUGCUCAAGGCCACGACGGGCGAGUUCUCGCUGGAGUCCAUCCUGCUGCUGCGGCUGCGGGGCCGCGGCAUCGCGCACCUGGGCUGCCUGGCCGACUGCUCCAACCUCGAGUGGCUGGACCUGUCGGGCAACGCCAUCGCGGGGCUGGCGCCGCUGGCCGCGCUGCGCGCCCUGGCCGUGCUCAACCUGGCCGCCAACCGCGUGGCCAGCGUGGAGCCGCUGCGGGGCUGCCGCAGCCUGCGCCAGCUCAACCUGGCGGGCAACCGCCUGCGCAGCCUGCGCCAGCUGCGCUGCCUGCAGGGCCUGCGGCACCUGGAGAGCCUGCGCCUGCGGGACCCGCGCGGCGGCCUGGCCAACCCGCUGUGCGCCGCGCCGGCCUACCGCGCCGCGCUGGCCGCCAUGCUGCCCGGCCUCAAGGCCAUCGACGGGCAGCGCGUGGCGGGCCGCGGCAGCGAGCUCUUCCGCCUGUGCCGCGAGCUGGACGCGGCGCUGGACGGGGAGGGCGCGCCCGCCGCCGCCGCCGUGGCGCCCGCGGAGCCGCCGCAGCCCUGGGUGCGCGCCGGGUUCUGGGAGGCGCGGCCGGCGCGGCGCAGCGCCGUGCUGGAGGAGGCCACGCGGCAGCUGGGCCAGGCCCUGCGCGAGUGCCGCGAGCUCGGCCGCCGCGCCGACGACUCCAUCGCGCAGGCACAGCGCGCCCUCGGCCGCCGCCAGCACGGCGACUUCGGGGGACACAGAGGGGCUGUGACGGGCUCCCUGCGCCCCCUGCCCCUGUCCCCGUACCCACCCAGGGGACACGGAGGGGCUGUGGCCGGCAGCCCCCGGGAGAAGGCGAACAUCCCGGGCAGGUACGGCGUGUCCCCCCCUCUGCCCGCCUCCUCCACCGCCCGGCACUCGGCCUCGACCCCCACCCUGGACCCCCAAUCCCCGAUCCCAAUCCCUGCUCUCCCCCUUGCUGUCCACCUCCCUGGUCUUGUGGACAUCCCGAGCCCCCAGUCCCUGAUCCCAAGCCCAAUCCUUGCUCAGUUCCUGGCUGACCCCCUCCCUGACCCCCUCCCUGCUCUCGUGGCCACCCUGAGCCGCCAGUCCCCGAUGCCAAUCCCUGCCCACCCCUCGAUGACUCUUUCACCGCUGUUCCCCCCCGGCCGCUCCAUCCCCUGCCCGUUCCUCGUUCCCCGUUCCCGUUCCCGUUCCCGCGCCCUCCCCGCUGCCGGGCGCGGCUCCCGGUGCGGAGCGCCGUUACGGACCCGCUCGAUGACCCCGUCCAGCUCCCGCUCCUUGAAGAGGAAGUGCACGUUGCUGCGCCCGUGGAAAUACUCGAGCACGUCUCGCACCACGCGCCGCUGCAGCGGGGACUGCCCCGCGGCCGCCGCCAGGGCCAUUGCCAGGGCCAGCGCCAGCGGCAGCCACCGCCGCACCGGCAGCGCCAUCCCGCCCGCCGCGGCCUCACCGAUCGCGCCGAGCCGCGGGCCGCUGGCGGCGGGCCGGCAUGAGCCCAUUUCCUGGGAUCUGCCCCCAAAUCCGCCCCCGGGACGGCCCCGCCGGUCACCCCCACCCCCGCCGCGGGGCGCGGGAGGAGGGGCCGCGGUGGGACCGCAGGACUGGGGGGAGAGGGAGGUGCUGACGGCCCGGGCAUGGGGUGGGGGCGGUAUCCGGAGGGGGCGCUGGCCCCGGUCCCGCCCCCCGACCCGGAACGGGGCGCGGCCGGACGCGGCCGUGGCUGACACCAUGACCCCGAACUACAACUCCCAGCGCUCCCGGCUCUCGCCGCUCACAGCCGGAUCCGGCCCCGCUCGGCGCCUUCCGCACCCCAAAUUCCGGGGGGAGGAGGAGGAGGAGGAGGAGGACGGGGGGGCCGAGGCCGCCGGAGCCGCUCCGGGACCGCCGCGCUGCUCGGGCCCGGUUCCGCCGCCGCUCCGGCGCCACCCCCGCGCCAUCCCCGCUCUCAGCGCGGCUCUCCCGCUCUCGCAGGACCCGCCGCGGCCAUUUGAGGGACUCGGUGGCGGAAGGAGGCCGGGAAGGGCCGCGGAGCCGCGGGAAGGAGCCCCGAGGAGCCGGAGCGGCCGCAGGGCGCGGGAAGGGGCCGCGAUGUCGGCGGGGGGAGCGCCCCAGCCCGCCCACGCCCUGGAUCUGCUCCCGUAUUCGCGGCUGAGCCCGGCGCCACGGGCCGGAUCCCAGCUGGAUGCUGUGGGUGCCGAGAUCCCCUCGGAUCCCUGCACAGGGUACCGGUUCUUUAAGCCGGGGGGUUUGUUCGGGAUGAAGCCGCCGGAGGAGCCGUUCGGAGCCGCGCGGACGGGCCCGGAGGAGUCCAAGGCCCUGGGCAGCCCCUGCGCCGUGGAGCCCGGGCGGGUGAGCAAGGUGGAGCCCGAGGAGAAGCCCGGGAUUGGCGCCGGCUCCCUGGAGCUGUUCCCGGCCGCCGCGGGCGGCAGCUCCGGCCGCUGGUUCCCCGGCGGGCAGCGCGGCCCCGAGCCCCCCCGGGACCCCCCUGCCCCCCGCGCCGGCUGCUGGGGGGCCCAGGGGGGCGUCCCCGGCCCCUUCCGCUGCGCCCAGUGCGGGAAGGGCUUCCGGCAGAAGCAGAGCCUGGUGACGCACGAGCGCAUCCACACCGGGGAGAAGCCGUUCCGCUGCGGGGACUGCGGCAAGAGCUUCAGCCAGCGGCCCAACCUGCUGACGCACCGGCGCGUGCACACGGGCGAGCGGCCCUUCCCCUGCGCCCAGUGCGGCAAGAGCUUCUCGCAGAAGGCCAACCUGCUGGCGCACCAGCGCAUCCACGGCGCCCACCCCGAGGAGGGCAAGGCGCGGGCACGGGCGCCGGCGCGGGGCUGCCCCGAGGACGCGCCCUUCGUGUGUCCCGAGUGCGGCAAGAGCUUCCGGCAGAAGCCCAACCUGAUCACGCACCGGCGCAUCCACACGGGCGAGCGGCCCUUCUCCUGCUUCCUGUGCGGCCGCAGCUUCAACCAGAAAACCAACCUGGUGACGCACUACCGGGUGCACACAGGUGAGCGGCCCUUCGCCUGCACCCAGUGCGGCAAGCGCUUCACCCAGAAAACCAACCUGGUCACGCACCAGAGCACCCACACCGACCUGCGCCCCUUCCCCUGCGCCCAGUGCCACAAGUGCUUCAAGGACAAGGUGUCCCUCAAGGCCCACCAGAAGACGCACAUCCCCCGCCAGCGCCGCUGCCCCGCGCGCGGCCCGGCCCCCGCCGCGCCCUUCGGGGCCGCGCCCGCCCUGCUGCCCCCCGCGCCCGCCCCGCAGGACCCCGCGCCCUUCGCCCCGCUCCCGCCCGCCCCCAAGCUCCCCGAGGGCGCCGCCGAGCUCUUCCCGUGCCCCGACAAGGGCUUCCCGCCCCCGCCCCCGGCCGAGCCCUCCUUCCCCUGCGCCCACUGCGGCGACGGCUUCUGCCCCAAGGUGCCCCUGCUGCGGCCCCCCGAGGCGCCCGCCGCGCCCUUCGCGCCCGGCCCGCCCCUCCUGGGGCCCCUGGGGGCGCAGCCGGGCCCGGGCGAGGCCGUGCUCUCCCCGGAAAAGCCCUUCAUCUGCAAUCAGUGCGGCAACAGCUUCGGGCUCUGGCUCGCCCUCGUCGCCCACCAGAAGAGCCACGCGGGGCACAAGCCGUGCCCCGGCGCCCCCCCCGCGGAGCCGGGCGCCGAGCAGCCCCCCGGGUCCCCGCCGGGGCCGCGGGCGGGCGAGGGCCGGCCCUGGCCGUGCCCCGAGUGCGGGCGGGGCCUGGCGCAGUGCGAGCGGGCGCCGCGGCACGGGGGGCACGGGGGGCACGGCGCCGGCGGGCGCGGCCCCUUCCGCUGCGACACCUGCGGCAAGCGCUUCAGCCUCAAAACCAACCUGGCCACCCACCAGCGCAUCCACACAGGUGAGCGGCCCUUCACCUGCGGCGUCUGCGGCCGCCGCUUCAACCAGAAGGGCAACCUGGUGACGCACUACCGGGUGCACACGGGCGAGCGCCCCUUCGCCUGCGCCCAGUGCGGGAAGCGCUUCGCCCAGAAGCCCAACCUGCUGGCACACCAGAAGACGCACCUGGGCCGCCAGCCCUUCACCUGCCUCGAGUGCCCCAAGCGCUUCAAGAGCAAACUGUCCCUGCGGGUGCACCAGCGCGUGCACACCGGGACCCCCGGCGCGGCCCCCGGCGCCCUGGACCCCGCCGGGAGCCCCUUCCCCUGCGGGCUCUGCGGGGAGGCCUGCGCGGAGCACGGGGGGCUCCGGCCGGGCCUCGGCGGCGCCGAGCGGCCGCACACCUGCGCCGAGCAGCUGCACACCUGCGCCAAGUGUCCCCACGGCUGCGCCGAGCGUCCCCACGCUUGUGCCGAGCGUCCCCACGGCUGCGCCGAGCGGCUCCACACCUGCGCCGAGCAGCGCCGCACCUGUGCCGAGCACCCCCACGCCUGUGCGGAGCACCCCCACGCGUGUACGGAGCAUCCUCACGCCUGUACGGAGCAUCCCCACGCCUGUGCGGAGCAUCCUCACGCCUGUGAGCGGCCCCACACCUGCGGGCAGCCGCAGCCACAGCCCUGCCCCGAGCGGCCGCACCCCUGCGCUGAGUGUCCCCACCCCUGCGAGCAGCCCCACGCCUGCCCCAAGCGGCCCCACGCGUGUGAGCAGCCCCACGCCUGCGCCGAGUGUCCCCGCGGCUGCGCCGAGCAUCCUCGCACCUGUGCCGAGCAUCCCCACCCCUGUGAGCGGCCCCACCCCUGCGCCGAGCGGCCCCACGGCUGCCCCGAGCAGCCCCACGGCUGCGCCGAGUGUCCCCAUGCGUGCUCCGAGUGUCCCCACGGCUGCGCCGCCGAGCGGCCCCACGCCUGCGCCGAGUGCGGGAAGCGCUUCCGGCAGAAGGUGAACCUGGCCGUGCACCUGCGGACGCACACCGGGGAGCGGCCGUUCCGCUGCGCCGACUGCGGCAAGGGCUUCAGCCAGAAGGCUCACCUGCUGCGGCACCGCCGCACCCACGGCGCCGGCCUGGCCGCGCCCUGCGCCGCCGGCGACCCCCUGGCCAAGGGCCCCGAGCCCCCCGCGCUGCUGCUGCCGCCCUGCUCCCGCGGGGCGCCCCCGGCGCGCCCCGACAGCCCCUCGGGCGCCGCCGACAUCCUCCUGCAGCUGAUGCAGGACGAGCCCCCGCCCGGCCCCGGCGCCGCCCCGGCCCCCGUGCCCCCCUGUAAGUGCCCCGGGGGCGGCCCGAGCCCCCGCGCGCCGGGGCUGCCCCCGCCGUGCUGCUGCGCCGACUGCCUGGCCCCCCGCCCUCCCGAGCCCCCUCGCGGGCAGCUCUGGGCCAAGGCCGGCGGCUGCGCCCGCGCCUUCGACGAGAAGAGAGUGCCGGGAGCGCCGGAGCGCGAGUGCGGCGAGGAGAAACCGGCGCCGUGCCCCGGCUGCCUGUGA